AUGGAGGCAAAUGGGAGCCAAGGCACCUCGGGCAGCGCCAACGACUCCCAGCACGACCCCGGUAAAAUGUUUAUCGGUGGACUGAGCUGGCAGACCUCACCAGAUAGCCUUAGAGACUAUUUUAGCAAAUUUGGAGAAAUUAGAGAAUGUAUGGUCAUGAGAGAUCCCACUACGAAACGCUCCAGAGGCUUCGGUUUCGUCACGUUCGCAGACCCAGCAAGUGUAGAUAAAGUAUUAGGUCAGCCCCACCACGAGUUAGAUUCCAAGACGAUUGACCCCAAAGUUGCAUUUCCUCGUCGAGCGCAACCCAAGAUGGUCACAAGAACAAAGAAAAUCUUUGUAGGCGGAUUAUCUGCGAACACGGUGGUGGAAGAUGUGAAGCAGUAUUUCGAGCAGUUUGGCAAGGUGGAGGAUGCAAUGCUGAUGUUUGAUAAGACGACCAACAGGCACAGAGGGUUUGGCUUUGUCACUUUUGAGAAUGAAGACGUUGUGGAGAAAGUCUGUGAGAUUCAUUUCCAUGAAAUCAAUAAUAAAAUGGUAGAAUGUAAGAAGGCUCAACCGAAGGAAGUCAUGUUCCCGCCUGGGACGAGAGGCCGGGCCCGGGGACUGCCUUACACCAUGGAUGCGUUCAUGCUUGGCAUGGGGAUGCUGGGCUACCCCAACUUUGUGGCAACCUAUGGCCGCGGCUACCCUGGAUUUGCUCCUAGCUAUGGCUAUCAGUUCCCAGGCUUCCCGGCAGCGGCUUAUGGACCAGUGGCGGCGGCAGCGGUGGCGGCAGCACGAGGAUCAGUCCUGAAUAGCUACAGUGCUCAACCGAAUUUUGGCGCGCCCGCUUCCCCGGCAGGCUCCAACCCGGCGCGGCCCGGAGGCUUCCCGGGGGCCAACAGCCCAGGACCUGUCGCCGAUCUCUACGGCCCUGCCAGCCAGGACUCCGGAGUGGGGAAUUACAUAAGUGCGGCCAGCCCACAGCCGGGCUCAGGCUUCGGCCACGGCAUAGCUGGACCUUUGAUUGCAACGGCCUUUACAAAUGGAUACCAUUGAGCAGGUGCUUUCGUUGCCAUCUCACUCUGAGAGCAUACCUGGAUGUCCAGGCAAGACUGGGCGAAGUUUCUGAGUGGCCCUUUGUUUAGGUGAUGUCAUCAGACCUGUUCCCCCACCAGCCUCACUCCCCAUCCCAACCAGAGAUGGCUCACUUCGGAUCGAGGGUUGACUGCAUCUCAUCAUCUCAUGAAUCUGCUGUAAUAUAAGACAACAGCUUUUAAAUGUGUAUAUAUCCCAUGAUUUUGGUUUUGUUUUAUUUUUGUUUUUCUUGAUGGUUUCCCUCCCUCUUCUCUCUUCCCCCUUCUCCUUUUAAAUCUCUUCAGAUCACAUUUGGUAGUGAUUUUGACUUAGUGCAGUAGUCAUAUAGCUUUAAUAUCUAGUUAAAAGCUAACCAUAGUAUAAUUGUUAUAUUAAGGUAUUAUUUUUUUCUUAAAAAAUUUUUUUUUGCUUGUUUUAAUUCUGUUCUCACUUUUCAAGGAUGCUGAGAUGGUAAUAUUACUCUCAAUAUUUUGGUACCAAUUCUGAGACUGUAUGAAUUUUCAGGUGGAAUUUGAGCACACACAGAAGCGAGGUUGUGAAAUAUGGAGCGGGAGGUGGGCGUCAACUUUCUACUUUGCAUUGUAUAAGAAGUGAGAUGUAGUAGGCUAAUUAACAGACUAUAGCGGUUCUUUUUUGUGCUGUCUCUUUGUUAACCUAAGUAUAUCUAUUUUCGGCAAUAAGGUAAGGACGACGAUGUUUUGAGUGUCCUCCUUUUCUAUAAGUGCUUUUUUUCUGUUGAAAGAGGUGAUAUUAUAAGGUUUUUUGCAGUUGUGAAUUCUAAAAAAAGAAAUGUUGUAAAUACAAUUCCAUUAACUACAUAGAAACUAUUAAGAAAGAGAGAAUCAAAAAUAUUUUUGUGAGGGAGUCGGUCCCCGGCAGUUUGAUGCUCUGUGGAUGGAGGAGGGGAGUAACAAUAAACCAAGUCAGUGACUGAGACCGAAGAACACCCAGCUGCCAGGCCGACCCCACGACAAGUUAGAACACUGGUUAGCUCCUCUUGUCUGUGUGAUAGACCUAAGAACUGUAUUAGUGUCAUACCAGCAUAUUAACCUCUCGUCUGUGCACAGCUUCCAACGUUACCGUCUAGUUAGAUUUUUAUUUAAAAUAUGAAAAACUGCUUUUCCCAAGACGUUUUUUAAAAACAAAGCUACAAUUUUAAUAUUUAACAUAUUUAAUGUUUCAAAGCACACCUGUUUGGCUUGGGUGGGGCG